AUGGAAGAAGACGAAACAGAUACUGUCGAAGUACAAGUGGCUAAUAGUGGUAGUCGUAAGAAACAUUCUACUGGUGGAAAAAGGGCUGCCGCUAAAAAUGCGAGAUAUUCAAGACUUCCUAACUCUAAUGUGAUCAACCCUUGUGGGCACAACACAAAAGUAUUUGGGUGCUCAAAAGUGACACCAAUUCACGUCGCAGAAGUUCGAAGAAAGUUGUGUUUGGUUCCGGAGAAGCUUGCACAGGAUGGAAUCAUUUCAUCCUUGAUCCAGACUCAUGUAGUGAAGCGGCAGGACUGGGAACUCAAAGACACCAAGAAUUUGAAGAAGUUCUACAAGGACCUGAAAAAUAUAAGCAACAUGAAAAGGAUAUUUUUCAAAAUCAGUGAGGUUCACGGUAAGUGUUUAGUCAGAGUUAAGGCAAUGGAGAAUUUUAUCUAUGAGGGGGAUGAAUCAUAUCAAAAUUUGAACAAAAAGUCAUUCACAAAUGCUAUGUUAUGUAGAAUGGAACCACAAACAUUGCCUCUUGGAAGAGCCUUAUCUGACCAAAAGAAGAGCGAUGUUGACAAAUUAUUGCAGACUAUUUUUGGAAGCUGGCAAAAUCUAGACGACAACCGCUUGAACUGGUACAAACAAGUACUUUUCAAUAGUCCAACCAUUGCCGAGAAAGUAGCUGAGGAAGUAGCCGAUGAAGCGAAUGAGUGUGACUGUCUGGAUCACGAAAAUUGCAUUAGAAUUUAA